AGAGCAUCAGUUCAAGCCAAUCAAUUGUCCAGCGCAUUUAGCAUCCAAAAACCGGAACCACAAAUCCAAAAUCAAUAUGAAAUUCUUCUCAGUCGUCACCGUCUUCGUGUUGGGUCUGCUGGCUCUUGCCAAUGCUGUUCCCCUGUCACCCGAUCCAGGAAAUGUGGUCAUCAACGGGGACUGCAAAUACUGCAACGUUCACGGCGGCAAGUAGGAAUGUUCUUGCCUGAGGAUCGACACAAGGCCAUAACUUACCUCACACCCAAGACACUAUAUUUAUGUUACCGCUUUGUACUAAAAUGAGACUUAGAAUUUAGACACAAAAAAUAAAAAUGAAAAAACCUA